UACAUCCUUCCCACUUGACAACCGCAUCACUCGGGUAAUGCAUCUAGGCUGUCCGGUUAAGUUUUUUUGCAACAAAUGCAGAUCUUCUUGGGAGAUGGAGACACCAGCGUUGACGCAUAUUGUUAAUUAAAAGGACACCCGGUGGAUUGAAAGAACCCCACUGGGCUGCAUGGACGUCUCUGUGUGCAGUGGGCCAAUGGUUCGCGCAUUACAUCUGAACAUCUACGUGUUCUUCCCCGUGGGUCGCGCCAUGGACGGACCGCCACGCACUUCCAGGCCUCCCGCGCCGGCUUCCUGCCACUAUGUCUUAGCUAGCAGCAGCGCAGCCCCCUCCCCUGUCUACCCUUCUCUUUAAGCCCCCCCUCCUCUGGCGCUAUGAGCAUCCUGCACCAGCAGCAUCCUGGCAGCACCGGCUCGGAGCGAGACCUCCACUCCGCUGCCUCCUCCGUCAGCCUCCCCUCGGUCAGAAAGACCCCCAAGAAGCGCCGCCUGUCCCUCCACUCGCUCUUCAGCCGCCGGCGCCGGCCUGACCGGGACACCAAGCGCAAGACGCGGCCUCAGCAGGCCGGAGCCGGGGUGGACAGCGCGGUCAUCACAGAAAGUGUGCAGCCGGAGGCCGUGUUGGACAAAACCUCCGCCCACUGCGCACCGGUUGUGCCGUUGACUUUGUCGGCAUCUGGCUGCUCCUCCGCCGCCGCCGCCUCCUCCUCCUCCUCCUUCCAGUCGGAGCUGCUGGAGUGCCCGCUGUGCCUCCUCCGGCACGCGCGGGAACUCUUCCCGGACAUCAUGACCUGUCACCACCGCUCCUGCGCCGACUGCCUGCGGCAGUACCUGCGCAUCGAGAUCUCCGAGUCCCGCGUCAACAUCUGCUGCCCCGAGUGUGCCGAGCGGUUCAACCCCCACGACAUCCAGAUGAUCCUGGGCGACCGGGCCGUCAUGGAGAAGUACGAGGAGUUCAUGCUGAGGAGGUGGCUGGUGGGGGAACCCGACUGCCGCUGGUGCCCGGCGCCAGACUGUGGUUAUGCAGUGAUUGCGUUUGGCUGCGCCAGCUGCCCAAAGAUUACCUGUGGGCGUGAAGGCUGUGGGACAGAGUUCUGCUACCACUGCAAACAGCUGUGGCAUCCCAACCAGACGUGUGACACCGCACGGCAACAAAGGGCCCAAACCCUCCAGUUGAGAAGCUUCAGGUCCUCCUCCCUCAGCUACAGCCAAGAGAGUGGAGCUGCAGGUGACGACAUCAAGCCGUGCCCUCGUUGUGCCGCCUACAUCAUCAAGAUGAACGACGGGAGCUGUAAUCACAUGACCUGUGCCGUCUGCGGCUGUGAGUUUUGCUGGCUGUGUAUGAAGGAGAUCUCCGACCUCCACUAUUUAAGUCCUUCUGGCUGCACAUUCUGGGGGAAGAAGCCCUGGAGCAGAAAGAAGAAGAUCCUCUGGCAACUCGGCACGUUGGUGGGCGCACCGGUGGGCAUCGCCCUCAUAGCCGGCAUCGCCAUCCCCGCAAUGAUCAUCGGCAUCCCAGUCUAUGUGGGCAGAAAGAUCCAUAACCGCUACGAGGGCAAGGACAUCUCCAAACACAAGAGGAACUUGGUAAUAGCGGGCGGCGUGACGCUGUCUGUGAUCGUGUCGCCUGUAGUAGCUGCAGUCACUGUUGGGAUUGGCGUUCCCAUCAUGCUGGCAUACGUCUACGGCGUCGUCCCAAUCUCACUGUGCCGAAGCGGCGGCUGUGGAGUGUCUGCCGGCAACGGCAAAGGGGUCCGGAUAGAGUUCGAUGACGAAAACGAGAACAUAGGGAGCGGGGCGGCAGCCACAGACACAACCUCUGUGGCUGAGACUCGGCUCAACAAUCCCAGCCUCGGAGACGGGGCGAGUGUCGGAGGCCUGACAGGCCUGAGCCUCAGUGUCAGCGGGAGCCACAUGGAGCGCUGCGGCAUGAGCUCCACCCAGCGGGACAACAUGAGCGACAACGCCAGCACCACGGCCCUCGCCGGGACCAGCAUCACCGGCAGCCUCUCUGGCAGCUGCUACAACAGGAUGGAAGUGCAGGCUGAUGUGCAGAAGGAGCGCUGCAGUCUGAGCGGGGAGUCCGCCACCGUCAGUCUGGGGACAAUCAGUGACAACGCAAGCACAAAGGCCAUGGCGGGAUCCAUCCUGAAUGCCUACAUGCCCCUGGAAAGAGACAAUAGCCUGGAUGUCCAGACGGACGCGGAGUCACACCAGGAGAAGGUGAGGCACUGCAGCGCCAGCAGCAGCCUGGAUGAGACCAGCUGCAGCAGCAGCACCGCCGGCCUUAAAGACGCCAGCGGUGGCGCGUGCCCGUGCAGCACGCAGCACGACAGCCGCUGCUGCCCCUCGUCCCCCUGGUCCAAAGAGCCUUCAGCCUCAGGAAGCAAGAAGAGGAGAGGAAAGCUCUGGAAAAGAGGCGGCGGCAGCAAAGGAGACACAAAGACGAACGAGGCUCGAGGGGAUGUGGACGCUCAGCUCCUGGAGCGGCGCAGCACCAACUCCUCCGAGUUCGAUCUGCCGUCUCUGAGCGGCAGCCUGCCGUCGGUGGCCGACUCGCACUGUAGCCGCUUCUCGUCGGAGCUCAGCUGCUCCGACCCCGAAACCUCGAGGCCGCCCUGCUCCGCCCCGACGGACCCCCCCCACCACCACCACCACCACCAUCAUCCCGUUGUCUCCUUCGGCGACGUCGCCGUCGCGCCCAUGCCCGAGGUGGAGAACGACCGCCUGGAGCAAUGUCCACCUCAGAGUAGCCACGCAGCCUUCACGCGCCACCGCCUGCUGUCGCCGUCGUCGUCUCCCCCCGCUUCGCCGAAAGAGGGGCGCAGCGGGACCUUUCUGCACAUAACUGAGGAGAGCGCCGCCGUCGCGGCCAUGGACCCAGAGGAGGACGAGAGGAUAAAUGACGCCACCAAAAGCUCUGCCGCGCAGCCUGUAAGCCCGACCAGAAGCCGCAGUAUACAAACCGAAAUCUGAAGACGCCCUCCUGCUCUUCGGCUCAGUUCGCCUUAUCACAUCAUUCCACUGUUAAAUCGAAUGAUGUUUUUAUCUGCUGCGGGUGCAGGCAGGAAUAUUGUGUGAAUGUCAGUCAUUAGUUCCAGAGAGGGAGAGAGUUUGAGGGAUUUGUGAAUCUAGUAAACGGGAGCACAGUCGAAGCAGAUCAGAGGGUUUAUUAUCUUCACUGACCGAACAAGCUGCUCAUGUGUGAAGUGAAACGUGAGCCGGGGCGUCAAGGCCUUUCAGUGGGGGGAGCUGGAUGUAUGAGGCCGGGUUGUAAAGUAGGUUACAGGGUGACCUGCAUUGUCUGACCCGUCAAUGGGGUUCUGAAUACGAGCCUCAGGCAGAUUUGACCCUUUUCAAGUGAUGAAGCUGAAAAUGAAGUUUCAAUACUACGUAGAGCGGCGGUGUCAAAGCCCAAACCUGUCCUCCCUCUUAACAUCUGGAGAAACGUGUUCUGCGUGAACCGAACCGGGGAUGGAUACGUCAACACUGUGGUCCACCGCUGUGCCGCCGUCAUUCUGUGACUUCUUAAAAAAAUAAAAAUAAAGAGAAAGGAACAAGUCUUGAGAAAGGCCAGCGCUAAAGUGUUGUUGAGCCGGAGAGGGACCAGUCAGUGCAGCUGCAAAUUAUAUUUUCCCAUAAUCAUCUAUAAGAAAAUGUGUGUGUAUAUAUACAUCUAUAUAUUAAUGUUGCUUGUGUUUGAGAUGUGACUUAUGAUUCUUUCGUGCAUUAUCUUUGCUCAUUUCUGUUUUCCAUUUUGGGAAAGUUGAUUUUAAUGUUGAAGCCCUGUGUUGGGUCCAAGCCUUUUAAAUAUGAUUAGGUGACAGUUGUGUUUCAAAUAUAGUGGAUUUAAGACAGUUGCCGUCUUCACGAGCCUCUGUCUGCACUGGUAAAAUAGUAUUUUCCUCUAACCGUAACUGCAAUUUGUAGUACAUAAAAGUAUUUAGAGAGAUAUAUUAAAGAAAGGGAAUUUGAAUUAUUCCUUGUAAACAGAACUAAGUGAAGCCCAAUCUAUGAAUUUGAAAUUGUAGCAUUUCUUACACUUUUAUAGGGCUUGUAAAUAAUGUAUCUGCAAUAAGAAAAAUAAACCUAUAUAAUAAGAUAAAAUGUGUCCCGUCAAGGGCACACAUCAACUUACUAACUAUAGCAAACACACUUUCAUACAGAUAAAGGUGCAAUGGUGAACGCAUACAUCCAUCAGUGAGUUAACAUUCAUUUCUGAAUGUAUGAAUGAUGAUGAUAUGGUUUACAUUUUUGAUUCUCCCUCAGUAAUUUAAAAAUAUAAUUUUGGAUUCAAAGCUUUGGAUGUAUUUUCAUGUGUUUUAAAGUGGGUUUUUUCUCAAAUCCAUGCAAAUGAAUAAUACUAUUUUUUCUUUUUUCUGCACCCACAGUGCCUUUUGGGGAUAAAGAUCAUUUGUAUUUAUUUCUUCAUUCAGUCAGUCUUCAAAUAACAAUUUAAUUUAAUGCUUCAUCAAAUGCUUGAAACAUGAUACUAAAUACUGAUUGCCCCCUGAGCGCUCGUGCCAGCUGUCACACUAGUUUACGGUUUGAGGCUCUCUGGCAGACAUUUUGAGCCCUUUAUGAACUUUUCGUGAGUCGGCCUUGGUCGCUGACUUUGCUCAUUGGAAUUACCCACAAGUCAUUGCAGUGUGACGUUUAAAACGGGAUAACCGGUGAAAGCAUUAGAGACGUGGCAUCUUAUAAGGAAAGACAUGAACAUAAACACCCUCGAUUGUAUAUUUUAUUUUCGACGUUGUCAUGGUAACAUGUAACCGCAAAGCGCUCCCAUUCAUGUUUACACCACUUCAAGCCAUCAGACUCUUUAACACUGAACCACGUAGCCGGUGAUGCCAGUUAAGUCCCCGAGGGUUCAGGGUUUAGGGGGGGGACAUUGGGCCAAAGACUGCGCCGGCCGCUACGUUAAACCUAAAAUCUCAAUACUAUAACAUUCAUUACAGCCUAUCAGCGUAGCAGAGUUGUGGUGAACCUCAUGUGCCGCCAGCUGCGGGAUUCACCCUUCUGUUAAAGAUGCCCGCUGAGUCCCUGCGAGGUUUAUAUUAUCAUUUGAAGUAACUUGGUCAAAAAAAGGCCUGUGCUCUUUGAACAAUGAUAUAUUCCCUAAUUAUUUGCUUUAUUGUGUGCAUGUAAAUGCAUAUUCUGAAACAAUAAAAAAAAACUUUCAAUCAA